AUGUUUUUUCCUUUCUUUCUUUCCAUUGAUAUUCCAUUAUUUCCUUCUUUCUUUUUCUUUCUUUCCAUUAAUAGUAUCUUUCCUUUCUUUCUUUUUUUUCCAUUGGUAAUUUUCUCUUUUCUUUUUCUUUUCCUUCUUUCCUUUUCUUUCUUUCCAUUGGUAGUUUACUUUUCCUUUUUCUUUCUUUCUGUUUCUUUCCAUUGGCAGUCUUCUUUUUUUCUCUCUUUUUUCUUUCUUUCCAUUCAUAUUCCCUUUCUUUUUCUUUUUUCUUUCUUUUUUUCAAUAGCAUUUUCUUUUUCCUUCUUCUUUCUUUUACAGAUUCAUCUGUCUGUGUCCUUCUUUACCCCCACCCCGACUUUUAUUUUCCUUCCUUUUUUACAUCUCCAUCUUUAUUUCCGUAUAUGUGUUUUUUGGUCUCUCUCUUUCAUUCAAUUUUUUUUCAUAGUUUGUUUUAAAUUUUCCUUUACUUGGUGUUUUUCUUCGUCUCGAUCCUUCAUUACUUUUUCAUUUGCUUCCCAUUUUCCUUCUCGUUCUCUUUCUUUCUUUCUUUUCUUUCUUUCUUUCUUUCUUUCUUUCUUUCUUUCUUUCUUUCUUUCUGUUUUCAUUCUUCCCACUCUGAAAUGA